AUGUAUCAAGAAGACCAUGAACCCGAUCCUUUCUCCAGUCAGAGUCUCUGGAGACUUUCGAGGUUUAGCAUAGAAGCUCUACAGCCACUGGAAGCUCUUCCAUGGAACUCUGAUCUCUCAGCAAUUCCAAAGGAUUGCUUUCAAGGUCUCCCAGAGAAAAAUGCCUCGACCGACCCAAUAUGGAAACUGAACCUCUUCUCAAGUGAUCUUGGCUCUCCUGACUCCAUCGACUCUGUCGUCGACCCGUCCAUAGAUUCCGAAUCUGACGCUCCCGAAGUUUGCUCGCAAGAUCCAGUGGAGGAAAAUGAUAUAUGGGCGUUGAAUAUUUUACAGGAUGAUACCGCUGCUAUUAUUCCAUUGAAAUCAUGGGAGAAAUUCCUGGAACCGACCUUCCAGGAGCCAGUAUCGGCAUACUUCAGCGAAUCUGGAGCCAAGGGAUUUGAUGCCGCACUGGUACACAAGUCCGAAUCUCAUGGACGCAAUAUUACAGGUCGCUUAGUUCAAGAAAAUGUCUUUAUUCGAUGCCUGUUACGCCUCGGCCUCGGAUGGAGCUCACCGUUCUUCCGUUAUAACCAACAGACAAUGGCAUUCGAGCAACACUUGCAAGAUAUCCGGGUCUCUGGCGUGAGCCAAUUGAUUCUCAACAGUAUCAUCAUGAAUGCCCUACAGUGCGGCACGAAUAUGCAGCGAAUGAGGACUUUGACGCAAAAUUCUCCGACGAAAACUCAGGACCUGUCAUCCGUAUUCUCCCUACGAGGCGCUAUUGCCGUGAUUAUAUACAACCUCGAACAUCAAAUUUCAGCUCAUUCCAGUCAAAUUGUGUCGCUCUUGCAGACCACGAUCCUCUUCACUCGCUGUGGAGAUUUGGUCGGGGCGCUGGUGGACAUUGCAGCAGCAGCUGAGAAGGCAAACUCAGAUGCUCAAGUCAUAUCAACUGUCAUGGAAAGAGCUACAUUUUUGGCUCAAAAAUAUGACUGGAUGGAGAAUCUCGUUCAAGAGAUAGUGGCUCGAGUAACUAGCCCCUGGUUUGGAUUUGUUGAGGGUUGGAUCGGACUUCGUUCUGAAGAAUCAGCCCUCAAUGAAUUGAUUUCAAGCGACCGAACAUUUGUACGGAUGAAACAAUUUGCUAAUCGAAGCAGGCUCAAAAUUGGGCCUUCAAGAGUCCAGUACACCUACGAUGAAGAUCAUAUGCCAUCAUUCAUUCCAGUCGACCAGGCACAGAUUAUCUUUGAGAGUGGUCGAAGUUUGCGACUUCUCAAGAAGUCACAUCCCAAUCAUCCGAUUGCUAGGCAUGACGUUAUUUCCCGAACAGGUGCCCUACGCCUAGUUUGUGCAACUACAUGGGCUGGUGUCGAUCGAAUUCAACAAAAAGCUUUUGAGUAUGAAGGAAAACUCCGCGUAGAGAUAUUGAAGUAUCUCAAAAAGGAACCAACCAAGCCUAUGACGGAAUCAGAGAAUUAUUUGGAUCAUCAAAAAUUACAAAAUCAUGACAUCGUAAAACAAACUUUUGAACUUUUUGAUAUUAACGAUGAGAACAUUGUGUCGGGGUCUGCAAUGGAUCAAAAGGCCCUUGCAAGUGAAAAUGUCGGAGAGAUGCUCCAGCGCGCCAGGAAUCUGGAUUACUGGUCUGAUGACAGGGAGAUUACUCUUGGCCCAGAAAUGGUGUCUGCUCUCUACCUAUCAAUCGCUCCUGUCAUUUCAUCGCAGGCGCAGCUGAUUGACUUCUCAUGUCUCCAUCAUUUGUUCAAAGAAAAGAAGCUCCGGGAUCACCUUAGUCUACAAUGGCGGUUCCAAUUGCUCGGGGAUGGGUCAUUCGCUUCGAAUCUGUCUCAUUCUCUGUUUGACCCUGAAAUGGAGAGUGGAGAGCGCAAAUCCGGAGUAAUGCGCAGUGGUGUGCACACCGGUCUACGUUUAGGAAACCGGGAUAACUGGCCACCGGCCAGCUCGGAACUGCGACUCGUUCUUAUGGGACUUCUUGGAGACUGUUAUUUCUCCGAGGAAGGUCAAAAUAAAUCGGACACUACUCAAACACAAAGAGAUACCGAACUUCCUGGCGACCUAAGCUUCUCUAUUCGUGAGCUCACAGAAGAAGAGGUCCUUCUUUGCAAGGACCCCAGUGCCAUCGAAGCACUCGACUUCCUUCGUCUACAGUACAAACCACCCGAGGCUAUCAAUGUUUUGAUAACGACGCAGUCACUCGAAAAAUAUGAUCUCCUUUUUAAACACCUGCUCCGCCUCCUCCGAAUGGUGUCUGUUGUCAAAGGACUUGUUCGUGAUUCUACUUCCCGAGGCUCUCUUUCAGGAGACACAAGGAACGUAUUCCAAAGAUUCCGGGUUGAUGCUCAGCACUUUAUUCUUGCAUUCAGUGACUACUGUUUCCAAGUUGGUAUUGGAUCUACCUGGUCUCGUUUUCAAGACACUCUCGCCAAUAUUGAACAAUGUCUGGAUCGCGGCGACAUCGAUGGUACCAUUGAAACAGCUCACUCAGUCUCUCGCCUACAUGACUAUCACGAAGAUAUGCUUGAUCAAAUGCUAUUUGCCUUGUUCCUCAGCAAACGGCAUGCACCUGCGGCUCAGUUACUAAAGAAUAUUUUCAGCACCAUACUCGCGUUCAGCCCACUGUCUCAAGCUGAUGGCAUGAGCGGUUUGCGUCAUGAAAGUGAAGGUACUGUCCUGCACUUGUAUUCUUCUUUCCGAAAACAAGUAUCUACAUUUGUGGGUUAUUUACGUAGCUUGGACCCCGGCAAAGGUUCUUCGAAAUCCAUGGGGAAAUCAGCAGUAUUUUUCUCCUCGCCAACUGACACCACCAAUCCCUUUGAACAUCUUCGAGUGAGGUUGGAAAUGAGAAAAUAUUAUUGA